AUGGCCCGCAAAGGCGUGGGUCUGGCUCCACCCAGGGCAGCGCCACUUACAACGAAUGCUCUUACUAACGGCAACUCGAAUGGGCAUCCACCCCCAUCAACCAUUGCAGCCCAGAUUGUGCACAACGCAGCAAAUGUCAACUCGAGACAAGACGCAGCCGCAAAAGUCACAUUUGGAGAGCUUCUCAAGGAAUUUCUCCAGCAUCCGAAUACAGAUGAACCGGAUACUCAACUCAUUGCAUUUAUCUGCGUUGUUGUGGAGGCAGGCCUAGAAGGCUUGUUCAAAGAUGAUCCUUUUGCGCAAGACCAGCAACGAGAACAGGGUAUCCGCAGUGUCGCUGCGAUAAUUUAUCUGCUACGUCAGAAGCCGCAUUUGCUUCUCAGUGCAAAGGACAGCGAAGAUGAUGGAAGCCCUCAACCGCCUGUCAUUAUUUGGCUAUUUCCAAAGCUUCUUGGUCUCUUGACCCACGCAACCCUCGGACCAAUUCAUUGGCAUGUUCAAGAUUUGCUCAGCUUUUGUCUCAGCGUACUCGCUCAAACAUCAGCAUAUUCACGUCAGGCUGUCGCCACGAUGCAACUGUAUAAGUCAUGCGUUGUUUGUAAGCACCCUGUCUGUGCCGGAUAUGCAUGUCACUGAUCUACAUGAAGACAUUCGAGGUGAACUGAAAGCGGCGAACGACCCUGUGUCAUCACGAAGCACGCCGUUCCUCACAGCGAUACCAUCCUCAAGCAGUCUUAACGAGUUCUGGCCAGAAAGCAAGCAGUUUGUUGCGGUGCCCCAUAGUUUGCAAAGAACUUUCACUUCGCCAACCGCAGCCAUUUAUGUUGGCCUAAAUCUUCUCAUGGCACUGUGCGCCUCGACGCGGCCCAAAACACGAAAGCAUACAGGAUUGGCUCUCUUUGAGCAAAUAUACCCUUGGAUCCUGGAUACUUGCGAAGAACUAUGGCAUUACUUUAGGAGAUGGACCGCCGAUUCUGAGAAGCGCCCGCUACACAACGAGAUAGUCACGUUAUACAUGCAGUUGGUGGACACACUUGCAAUUCCUAGUUCCGAGCCGAGAAAUCGUUUCGCAAGUUCGAUCAAGGCUGCAUCAGCUUCUGUCGGUAGUGUGCUUCGUCUGGUCGAGAACCUCGCUACUUCGUCGUUAUCAGAUGGCAAUCAAAUCCAGCUUGCGCGUAUGCUGACUCGCCUCUGUCAUGUUGCAUAUGUGGAGACGGAGCAGGGUAGGGUGCUCGAUCGGCGACGUCACCCUUCGCACGUACAUGAUACAGAAUUGUUGAAGCAGGCUGCGGGAAGAAUCUGCGAAAAUACAGAAGUAUUUUCCGGCCUACAGAAGGAUUUACAGUUAGCGCUGUGUCUUUGGACAUCAAAGGGUACAUGGCCUGAGAAAGUCGAGACUCUGCGUGAAGAGCUGUGCUCUGAAGGUGCCGCAAGCUUCACGACCGCCCAGCUAGCUGAAGACGCAACAAAAUGUGUCCAGGUGUUUCAAAGUAUGCACUUAGACGAUGAGAGGCCAGCAAAGCGACGCAAAAUCUUGCAUCAGUCGUCGAAAGACGUGAAUACGUCUGCUUAUCACCAGCUCACGAUGUUACUCAACGGCAGUUCACAAGAGUCUCCAAUACUGAAUCUUUCCAAUCUCCACAACAUCGUCCAGGCAAAGUACUCAGCUCUGCCUGCCAAUCCGAAGCAGAAUGAGGCUGUACAAGAACAAAUGCUCUCCGCUUUGGGGAAGAUUGCUUGCGCAGGCUCGAGAUGUCUGGAGAUCAACAACAGUGUCUCGGAACACUGGCAGCAGCUCAAUUGCACUCUUUGUGAUCUUGGACCGAACAUCAAAGAUCGGAGUCAGAAAAUGUACUGGGAUAGGAAUGGAUGUGGCGAAGAUUGGAAAGAAAUCAUUGCCGCACUACUCGCGAUGACAAAAGAACCCAAAUUUCAGAAGUCGACAAAGCCUCGAGUGCUGAUGGCCAUUACCAUAGGACGCCUGUUCAACCACAUUUCUGACUCUGACUACUUGAAUCUGGACGCGUGUGAAUUGGGACAAUGGCUCCUUGCGUCCCUGAGCAGAUCUUUGAGAGAGCUCAAAAUCGCGGCUACGCAUGCCCUUAUGGUUUUUCUGAGAAGCGACAUCAAUAGCCGCGUAUGUCAGAAGAAUCGAACCUCGGUCGUUGAAUUCUUCGAUGCACUUGCGAAACGCGGAGUGCUCGCUGACCAAGAGACCUUGAUUUUAGCAUAUGGUCAGGUGGCUCGGGUGUGCGGUGAACUGGAGCUUCCUAUCAUCUUACAUCGCUUAGUCGAAUACCUUGGCCAUCCAAAUGCCCUUAUAUGCGGCAUGGCGUAUAGAGAGCUUGACGCUCUAGCCGAGCCUCACGAACCCGAGGCUUUGUUUAGACCGUACUGGAGAAUACUUGCUUUCUCUGUUAUCAAGGAUAUCGUCAACAAACCUCAAAAGGCACAGCAGCUCGCUGACCUCACGGAGCAAACUGUUCGGCAACUACUUGUGUUGACCCAGGCAUAUACCUUGCCACAUCUGGUAUUGACAAAGAGGAGGGACGUUGUCGAAAAGAUCGCACAGGCUCGCAAGGUCUCGGUAGCAGAAGUACUGACCCAACCACGCAACAACCUCGCGAAGAUUCUAGCUUUGUUGCUUUCGCAGUCAGUACCAGAUGUCGAAUCUCAUGCUAUGGAGACACUGGCCGCAAUUGAGCCAGCUAUACGGGAAGGUAGCAAUAACAAGCUCGAAGCCCUGAUUGCGCUAGACAUCACAGGCGUUGCUAUUGAGAUUCUCAUGCUAUCUGCAGAACGAGAUGAGUCAAAGAAAGCCCCUUAUCAUCGCGCAUUCAGCACGCUUGCGCGACUUGCCGAUACCAAGAAUGCGCAGCGUAGAUCUUCGUCCAAAACCAAGAAUUUGGACGAGUUUUGCGAGACACACAUUCUCGGUAUCAUCGCGUACUUUUCGGACAUUGUGGAGAGCCCACUCACGCAGGGUAAGACUCUGCCACAUCCAUUGCCUGAGCGCAAAAGAUGCAUAGCAGCCAUCGGAGACUUCAUCAGCCUUGCGCGUUACAGUGUAAAUGGGGCAUUGCCACAGAUCCGUGCAUGCUUGCAGUCUGCAAUGGCAGACCCAGAUCUUUGCGAUGACGCCUUCCUAGUAUGGUCCGCCUUCCUCAAUGCCCUUGAUGCAGACGAUACGAUGCUUGUGGUUGACCAGACUUUUGCUCUUAUCUUACAGCACUGGGCAAUCUUCUCAGAAGAGACGCAACUCUUAGCAAACAAGACUGUUGUAGACCUGACGCAAGAGUACGAUACGCAACUACGAUCACGGAUCGAGUACCUCCCGUCGCUGGCAACCAUUCCUAUGAUGUCGAAGACUGAAGCUGAGUUGGUACGUUUCAAGUCGCACGUGGACACCGUCAGGAUCUUUCAGGCCUUUGGCAACCGAUGCAAAGAUCAGAACUCUGUGGUUGUACGUCAAGCCCUUCGAGAGCUUGGACCCUAUCUCGACGCGAACCAAAAGCAUCUGCAUCAGGCGAUCGUGGGUCAGAAACCACUGCCCGUACUGGCAGCGCUUACUAGAUCACUUCUUGACGCCAGCGUACGAUUUUCGGAAGAUCAUCCGGAUAUCACCACGUUAUGCGCACAAUGUCUGGGCAUAAUUGGAGGUCUCGAUCCGUACCGAAUAGAGACAGUGCGCGAGAAGAAGCGUGUUCUAAUGUUGUCAAACUUCUCACGAAGAGACGAAGACAUUGACUUUGUAGCUCUUCUGUUGGAGCAAGUCCUUGUAAAGGUCUUCCUCUCCACUACCAAUGCCACUUCCCAAGGGUGGAUCGCCUAUGUUAUGCAGGAGAUGCUCAAACAUUGUGGCUUCAGCGCGCUAGCGGUAGCUAAGCCUCGCUCUUCACAGGCUGGCACGGAAGCUCAGCGAUGGAACGAUAUCCCCGAGCCUGUGAGGAACGUCUUGACCCCCUUCCUAAACUCGAGAUACUCAGUCAACCGAAAUCCAGCCCUGCAUUACAAGUCUCCAGCUUAUCCCAUCUUUAACGGCAAGAUCAGUCACGGAACGUGGCUACAGACAUUCGUGUACGAUCUGCUGCAGAAGGGGCAGGGCGUCAACGUCGAGAUGGUCUUCCCUGUCCUGGCUAGAGUCAUUAGAGGUUUCGAUCUGUCAAUAGCGACGUUUAUUCUUCCUUUCGCCGCCCUAAACGUCAUCGUUUCCGACAACGAGCCAAAUAUGGUAAACGUAGGGAAGGAGCUACUCACAGUGCUGCAAAACGAGAUCCAUACUGCGGAUCAGACUGAUGUUGUGCUGAUCAAACAAUGUAGUGAGAACGUCUUUCAAACACUGGACUAUCUUUCACUAUGGUUACAGGAGAAGAAGAAGUCUGUUGCCGACGCUAGGAUCAUGGCGGGUAAGACUGGUCGAGGCGUCUCAGAGGAAGAGGAGAUGAAUGCUAUCAAGCAAAUCAGUCGUGUAGAGGGGAUUCUCCAGCUCAUCCCGGCUGAGGUGAUUUCCAGACGUGCGGUCGAGUGUGGCUCCUACGCUCGCGCUCUCUUCCACUGGGAGCAGUAUUACCGUCAGCAGCAGCAACUCAAGACCGUGACCAAUCAGCCAUUCGAGAGAGAUGAUCUGUUGCAACACCUGCAAUCAAUAUACGCGCAAAUAGAUGAGCCAGACAGCAUCGAGGGUAUUACAGCUCACCUGAGAGUACUGAAUCCCGAGCAACAAAUCAUGGAAGAUCGCAAGGCUGGUCGAUGGACUGCAGCUCAAAGCUGGUAUGAGAUUGCAUUGGCUGAGAAGCCGGAUGACCUGGAAACUCAAGUCAAUCUUUUGACCUGCUUGAAGGAGUCCGGUCAAUAUGAUGCUAUCCUCAACUAUGUGGACGGUUUCCAUGCAUCGAACUCUUUUUCAAUCAGCACGCUUCCGUUUGCUGCUGAGGCAGCCUGGUCGGCUGGCAAAUGGACCCAGCUCGAAAGAAUUCUCGGUGCAUCGGCUGACCAUUUCAAUGGUGCGGCAACAGAUUUUAAUGUCGGUGUCGGGAGAGCAUUACUUGCUCUGUAUCGAAAGGACGAAGCAGAAUUCAAGAUCAUCACUGCUGCUCUUCGUGGAAGCCUGGCCAAGGGUCUUUCUCCCUCAAACACUAACUCGCUGCAAGCAUGUCACGACACGUUGGUCAAACUGCAUGCUCUGUAUGAAAUCGAAGCAAUCAGCGGUGUUGGUACGCCUGCCACAUCGGAACGCGAAAUCAUCCUUGAGAACCUAGAUCGUCGACUGGAUGUCAUUGGCGCCUACACUUCAGACAAGCAGUACCUUCUUGGCAUCCGUCGUGCAACCAUGCUGGUUUCCAAAAUCGAUUUUAGCGAUCUGGACAUUGCUUCCGCCUGGCUUACGACAGGACGACUCGCUCGCAAGGGCGGGUUCAUGACCACCGCGUUCAAUUCGGUCCUGCACGCGGAUCAGCUGGGAGACGGUGCAUCCAAAAUCGAAUACUCGAAGCUUUUGUGGAAAGAAGGUCACCAUCGAAAGGCCAUCCAGAACCUGCGAGGCGCUAUUGACAGUAACGCCUUCCAAAACAGCGACAGCCUGCCGAUGAACAUAUCUAUAACCACCGAUGGACGUGGAAGCGACCAUAUGAGUAAGGUGAAAUGUCAUGCUCAGCUACUACUCGCAAAAUGGCUCGAUCGUGCUGGACAAACCAAGUCUGGGUCUCUGAAAGAUGCCUACGCAACGGGCGUCAUGUCAUAUCCUAAAUGGGAUAAGGGCCAUUAUUACCUGGGACGAUACUACCUCAAGCUGUUAGAAUCCGAGAAAAAGCUGCCAGUCACGAAGCAGAGCCAAGAGUACCUGGCUGGAAGUCUGAUCAAGCUCGUCAUUGAAAAUUUUGUACGCUCGACAGUCUACGGCACAAAGUACUAUUACCAGACGCUGCCGAAGAUCCUCACGCUUUGGCUGGACCUGGGGACGGAGGUGAUGAACGUGACGCCACGGUCAGCACGAGACAAGGAGUUUCAUGAUCACCGACUCACGUACUUGGAUCACAUCAACAAAUACCUCAAGCGGUAUGCCGGCGAACGAAUGCCAGCUUACACAUGGUACACUGCAUUCCCGCAGAUCAUCACGCGCAUCAGUCAUCCAAACAAGAACGUGUGGGAUGCGCUGCAGUCCAUCAUCAUUCGAGUCGCAGCGGCGUACCCGCAGCAAACGCUGUGGAGUCUACUUGCGGUACUCCACUCGACUCAAGAUGACCGUCGAGCUCGCGGCACCGCUGUGCUGCAAAAAUUGCGUGAUACAUCGAAGCGCAAGAACGGCUCUCUAGACCUCAAGAACGUCAUCGUGCAGGGGCAACGCUUGACUGAUGCUUUACUGGUAGCCUGCGAUGCUCCAGUGGAGCAACGAGCCACUCAUGUCAGUCUUUCAAAAGAUCUAGCAUUCAGCCACAAGCUUGCACCCAGCCAGUUGGUCGUGCCCAUCGAAGCCAACAUGCUGCCCAAUCUGCCGUCUGGAAACGACAGCAAGACGAUACGCCUCCACAACCCGUUCCCGCAGGACGCUGUUACCAUCAACGCGUUUAUGGACGAUGUCUUGGUGCUGUCUUCGCUUCAGCGGCCUCGGAAGAUCAACGUGCGAGGCUCAGAUGGACGGUCCUACGGCCUUCUCUGCAAACCCAAGGAUGAUCUGCGGAAAGACCAGCGUCUCAUGGAAUUCAACGCUAUGAUCAAUCGCGCCCUUCAGAAGGACAUUGAAUCUAGCAAGCGCCGGCUAUACAUCAAGACGUAUGCAGUGACGCCGCUCAAUGAAGAGUGCGGAGCCAUUGAAUGGGUCGAGGGUCUCAAGCCGAUGCGCGACAUCAUCAUCAGGUUCUACCGUCAGCAUAACGUGCACAUUGACUACUCAGAAAUACGCACGCUGCUAAACGAGGCAUCGUCGUCGCCGUCCAAGGUGCCUAUCUUCACCAAAAAGAUUUUGGGCAAGUUUCAGCCAGUGCUCCACGAGUGGUUUGUCGAGACAUUUCCAGAACCGGAAGCUUGGUUAUCUGCACGACUGCGGUACACACGAUCUUGCGCGGUGAUGAGCAUCGUUGGCCACGUGCUCGGGCUGGGGGACCGACACGGGGAGAACGUUUUGUUGGAGCAAGGAGACGGCGGAACGUUUCACGUCGACUUCAACUGUCUAUUCGACAAGGGACUCACUUUCGAAAAGCCGGAGCUCGUACCCUUCCGGCUUACUCACAACAUGGUGGACGCAAUGGGACCACAGGGUGUCGAAGGGCCCUUCCGCAAAGCAGCCGAGCUUGUCUACAGUCUACUGCGGCAGCAUGAGGAUACGCUCAUCACGAUCCUGGAAACGUUUGUGCACGAUCCUACGGCCGACUUUCUGGGUGGGAAGCGGAGGAAGAAGAUUGCCGGUGUGCCGGACACGCCACAGGAAGUGCUGGACAGCGUGCGAACAAAGGUCAAUGGGUACCUCAAGGGCGAGUCGGUGCCGCUGAGCGUGGAGGGGUACGUGGAUGCACUGAUUGCCAUGGCCAAGGAUCCUGUCAACCUGGCGGCCAUGUAUAUUGGAUGGUGUGCCUUUUUCUAG